GUUGAUGCUGGCCCAGGAUGGAUCAGACCUGUGAACUACCUAGAAGAAAUUGUCUGCUGCCCUUUUCCAAUCCAGUGAAUUUAGAUGCCCCUGAAGACAAGGACAGCCCUUUCGGUAAUGGUGAAUCCAAUUAUUCUGAGCCACUUAAUGGGUGUACUAUGCAGUUAUGGACUGCCAGUGAAAAAUCCCAAAAUGCUUAUGGACAAGAUUCUCCAUCUUGUUACAUUCCACUGCGGAGACUACAGGAUUUGGCCUCCAUGAUCAAUGCAGAGUAUUUAAAUGGGUCUGCUGAUGGAUCAGAAUCCUCAGACCCUGAAAAAAGUGAUUCAAGAGCUCAGUCGCCAAUUGUUUGCACUUCCCUGAGUCCUGGUGGUCCAACAGCACUUGCUAUGAAACAGGAACCCUCUUGUAAUAAAUCCCCUGAACUCCAGGUAAAAGUAACAAAGACUAUCAAGAAUGGCUUUCUGCACUUCGAGAAUUUUACUUGUCUGGAUGAUGCAGAUGUAGGUUCUGAAAUGGACCCAGAAGAGCCAGGCACAGAAGAUGAGAGUAUAGAGCAGAUCUUCGAGGAAACUCAGACCAAUGCCACCUGCAAUUAUGAGCCUAAAUCAGAGAAUGGUGUAGACGUGGCCAGGGGAAAUGAACAAGACAGCACACCAGACAGUAGACACGGUGCAGUCAAAUCGCCAUUCUUGCCAUUAGCUCCUCAAACUGAAACACAGAAAAGUAAGCAAAGAAAUGAAGUGGAUGGCAGCAAUGAAAAAGCAGCCCUUCUCCCAGCCCCCCUUUCACUAGGAGAUACAACCAUUACCAUAGAAGAGCAAUUAAACUCAAUAAAUUUAUCUUUUCAGGAUGAUCCAGACUCCAGUACCAAUAUAUUAGGAAACAUACUAGAAUUACCUGGAACUUCAUCAUCAUCUACUUCACAGGAAUUGCCAUUUGUAAGCAGUUUUUGGUACAAUUUAAAUAUAUACAUAAAUGUAUAUAUACAGGCAACUUAA